AUGGACAUUUCUGAAAAUCAAAGUCAUUCACUUGUAAAUCUUCCUGAGGAUAUCAUUCAAAACAUUUUCACCUUUUUACCGAUCAAAAAUGCAAUUGUAACUUCAUCAACUAUGGCUAGUAAGUACAAAAGAUCAUGGCGUUAUAAUCGCCGAUUCCUAUUUAAUAUAGAAUUAUAUUUUAUGUACACUAAACAAGAUUUGGCAAAUAUUGUUGAUCAUGUGUUCAAUUCGCACCAGGGUGCUGAAAUUAAAACGUUUCAGUUACAUAUCAAUCCUGAUGGGAUUGAAGUGUUACUUAAAAAAUGGUUACAAAUAUGCACUCAAAAGGAUCUGGAAGAUCUUGAUUUACAUAUUUAUCGAUCUAAUUUCACAAUUGAAUUUAGUGUUUUUAACGCACUACAUAAAUUAAAAACAUUAAAAUUGGUUAGGUGUGUGAUCCAGUUACCAGAGGUUCCGAAUGGUUUGAAAUUUCUAAACACAAUAAGUCUACGUAGCCUACACAUCACUGAAGAUGUGUUCAAUGUAUUGAUUACGCAUUGUAAAAUGCUUGAAGUUGUUGAUUUGGUUGAUUGCUCUACAAUUAAGAAAGUAAACUUAAUUGUUAGAGAAAGUAAAUAUUUCAAAAAAUUAAGAAUUGCUCGAUGUGAAGACUUGGAAGAGAUUGAAAUUGAUUCACCAACUCUACAUUCAUUUUUUUAUCAAGGAAUUUUUUUAACAAUUCAAAUUGCACAAGGGAUGCAAUUGUAUGAGGCUUCCUUGAUCUUUAAACCUUCAAAAAACUACAUUCAAUCAACCAAGUUGGAAGCUCUAGUUAAUGAUCUCUCUCGUGUCUCUGUUCUUACCAUUACACCUCUACUCAUUGAGGGUAUGACUGCAAGGAUUCGCGAUGGGGUAUUUCGGGAAGCACAAUAUUGUUUUGUGAAUUUGAAAGAGCUUCAAAUAUUUAUGAAUGGAACAAUAUUUUGCAAUCCGUAUGAUAUAUUCAGUUUUCUCAAAAAUUGUCCAUCUUUAAUGAAAUUGUUCAUCGACCUAGAUGGUUAUCAAUUUGACUUUGGAAUGUAUUGGGAAAUGCAUCAGAAAAACUUGCUUGAAAAUUGCAAUCAUAAAUUUACUCAACUCAAAUUUGCGGUGAUUAGAAAUUUUAAGUUUCUACCAUCUGAACUUGAGUUAGUAAAACUAAUUUUGCAAAGAGGAACGAUUUUGGAGAGGUUGGUUUUUGUUCCACCAAAGAAAAGGACUCGAAGCUUGUUUAAAAGAGAAGAUGCACCCAAAUAUGAAGAAAUUUUUUGUUCUUGGAGACUAUCAACAAGUACAAGAGUAAUGUUACAUGACAAAUAUGUUGAGAAUACUUCCCCAAAUCCAACUCAUUCGAAAUUUUGGUUAGAUGCAUAUUGA